AAUAACAUUCUUAAUAGAAGUAAGUUGGAAGCAGGAAAACUGACCAACGAACAUGAAGAGUUCAAGAUGUCACAACUACUUGAAGACGUAGCUGACCUCUUUCAUGUCGUUGGCAUGAAGAAAGGUGUGGACGUCGUGUUGGAUCUCAGCGACGGAUCAGUCAAUAAAAUCGAUCACGUAAGAGGGGAUCGCAAACAGCUGAAACAGAUACUGGCAAAUCUGGUCAGUAAUGCUGUUAAGUUCACCUCCGAAGGAUACGUCUGCAUCCGAGCUUAUGCCAGGAAGCCGGCUUUUUCCAGUUCAACACCUGCUUCAACUGAAAGAGGUCUAUCAUGGUUAUCAUGCUUUGGUUUUGCAAAAACCGAAGCACCUACCGAGUACACAACAAAUGUUCGAGACAAUGACAAUUGCAUGGAGUUUGUUUUUGAGGUAGAUGAUACUGGAGCAGGAAUUCCCCAAGAUAAGCGUGAAACAGUCUUUGAGAAUUAUGCUCAGAUCAAAGGUACUUCUGCGGGGCAAGAAGGCACGGGCCUCGGGCUUGGCAUCGUGCAGUCUCUGGUACGUUUAAUGGGCGGGGAGAUAGAGAUUGUGGACAAGGAGGUAGGCAAGAAAGGAACUUGCUUCAAGUUCAACACCUAUAUUUCUGUAUGUGAGACAGAUCAAAGGAAUCAAUCCGAUGACACAGGAUCACAUGUCAGUGCUUAUAUGUCUCUACGCGAAUCCUUUUCACCACAAGGUAGUAGCUCUGAACUAAAAGAAGGUUCACGAGUUAUUUUCUUCAUCCAAAAUGAAGAAAGGAGUCGAGUGUGCCAGAGGUUCAUGGAUAGACAAGGAGUUGAAAGCCUAAUUGUCCGGACUUGCAAGGAACUGGCUUCUUCCUUGAAGAGAAUGAUCGGACACGUGGGGGUUCAUUCUUUGAGCGGUUCUUCCAAGAAGUCCGAUGGACUUCAAAGCCUAGCUGGCUCAGACACUUCUAGCCCUAGAUUAGAUGAAGCACAAUUCAGCCCAGCCCAAAUUGAUCAAGAGAUACCUUCUACACACAGGACAAGAAUCAAAGAGAGCCUGCUGGCAAACUUUACAGUGAUCAUCAUUGAUACUACAGUGGGAGCACUUAGUGACCUCAUUGGACUCGUCGCUGAAAUCCGAAAAAACCUAUCUACUGGUGGCCACAGAAUUGUGUGGUUAGAUAGCUCUGGAUUUGGCAAUACUCGACUACAAGGCCUCCGAGACACACUACAUGCAACUGACAUCAUUCUAUCCAAGCCCCUCCACGGAUCACGGCUGCAUCAGGUACUAAAGCUUCUACCUGAGUACGGAGGAGAAAGGCCUGCGGAAAUGUCAGAGGCCUAUCCACCAAAUUAUGCAUCAUCGGGGAGCCUGAUCGCAUCGGAUAGCCUAGUCGCAUCACCUUCUUCAACUAGCUCUCCUACACCUCAAAAAUCAGAGAUUAGAGAAGUUGAUAGGCCUUUAGCUGGGAAGAAAGUGCUGGUAGUCGAGGAUGCCCAAGUGCUACAAAUAAUAGCUACUGCCGCUCUUUCUGCACUCGGGGCAUCUUUUGAAGUUUCCAAUAAUGGACAAGAGGCUCUCGAGGCGGUCUCCAAAGGUCUCGAAGAUAAAAAGACCUCCAAAUCUCUGCCCUUUGAUUAUAUUUUUAUGGAUUGCCAGAUGCCCGUUAUGGAUGGCAUAGAAGCAACCCAAAAAAUACGACAAGAAGAAGCCAAGUAUGGGGUGCACAUUCCCAUAUUUGCGGUCAGUGCAUAUACUGAGGGUCCAGAGAUCAAGCUCAUGGAAGAAGCCGGGGUCGAUUAUAACCUCGCCAAGCCCUUGAACAUCCAAAAAAUCAAGGAAGCUCUUAGUAUUUUUGAAGACCAGAGAUAGUUUGUCUCCAGCUACUUGUUUUGUCUGUAUUUGUGAUAAAUAUUUGUCUUUACAUUUCGUCUCAGAAGAGUGUAACUGUUUGAGCUAAUAUAAGUUGGGA